GCGCAGCACCGCGGCUGGAGCGCGAGGAACCGCUACCGCCGCCUCAGUCGCCUCAGUCGCCUCAGUGCCUCAAUCUCUUCAGUCACCUCAGACUUCUCAGACUCGGUCGCCUCAGGCUCCGCCGCACCGCCUGGAUCACCCAGUCCCCAACCCCCGACCCGGGCCCGGCCCCCCGCCAGCCCGUUCGCGGGCACGCCCUCUGGGUUAUCUACAAGAGAGACGGUCUUCACAUGGUUCCAUGUAGGUGGGACAAAAGCCAGGCCUUCCAUAAAUCACCAGUUCCAGUUAUGAUGCUCUAAGUUACCACAAGUCUGAACAUUUGUGUCUAUGGAUCUGCUCUGACUCUUAGAGCCGCUUAUGGGGGAAGGUGACACCAUCUGGGCCCCAUCUAUCCUUCCUCUCGGCACCCUUGGCACCUUAAGCCACCACCCCCAGACGCAUUUUGGGAGAAAGAUGGAGUCCAAAGUCUCAGAAGGUGGCCUGAACGUGACCCUGACAAUCCGCCUGUUGAUGCAUGGAAAGGAAGUUGGAAGCAUCAUCGGGAAGAAAGGAGAAACUGUGAAAAAGAUGCGUGAAGAGAGUGGUGCCCGUAUCAACAUCUCAGAGGGAAACUGUCCAGAAAGAAUCGUGACCAUCACGGGCCCAACUGAUGCCAUCUUCAAGGCUUUCGCUAUGAUCGCCUAUAAGUUUGAGGAGGACAUCAUCAACUCCAUGAGCAACAGCCCUGCCACCAGCAAGCCCCCGGUGACGCUGAGGUUGGUGGUCCCCGCCAGCCAGUGCGGCUCCCUGAUUGGCAAAGGCGGUUCCAAGAUCAAGGAGAUCAGGGAGUCCACAGGUGCCCAGGUCCAGGUGGCUGGGGACAUGCUGCCCAACUCCACAGAGCGGGCAGUGACCAUCUCAGGGACUCCUGACGCCAUCAUCCAGUGUGUCAAGCAGAUCUGUGUGGUCAUGCUGGAGUCCCCACCGAAAGGUGCCACCAUUCCCUACCGCCCAAAGCCCGCCUCCACCCCUGUCAUUUUUGCAGGUGGUCAGGUAAGAGCCGACCCGCUCGCGGCCUCCACUGCCAACCUCAGCCUUUUACUGCAGCCCCCGCCGCUGCCCGCCUACACGAUCCAGGGACAGUACGCCAUCCCGCACCCAGAUCAGUUGACCAAGCUCCACCAGUUGGCCAUGCAGCAAACCCCCUUUCCUCCCCUCGGACAGACCAACCCCGCUUUCCCCGGAGAAAAGCUGCCUUUACACUCCUCCGAAGAAGCUCAAAAUCUGAUGGGCCCGUCGUCAGGUCUGGAUGCCAGCCCCCCGGCCAGCACUCAUGAGCUCACCAUUCCCAAUGAUCUAAUAGGCUGUAUAAUUGGACGCCAAGGGACCAAAAUCAAUGAAAUUCGACAGAUGUCUGGAGCUCAGAUCAAAAUUGCCAAUGCCACAGAAGGGUCAUCAGAGCGCCAGAUCACCAUCACAGGGACCCCAGCCAACAUCAGCCUUGCCCAGUACCUCAUCAAUGCCAGGCUGACGUCUGAGGUCACUGGGAUGGGCGCACUCUAAUCCUGCCCAGCAUCUUCCACACCAUGAACCCUGGCGUCCACCUGGCUCGCACGCUCUGUACAGACAGCCCACCCUGUGUCACAAAUACAAAUAGAGGUUUUCUUUACUAACAAAAUGGUCUAUAGCGGUACACAUGCCAACAAAGCAAGUCUAUAUCUAUAGCUGUCUGUGAGCUCCAGGCCUGUCCCUGACUCUGUGCAUUCAGUAACUUCUGCUCCAGUCUUCUCACUCGUCCGCAUGCAGCGCUUAUUAUGUUCAGUGUUCAGUGCUUGGGGGGCAUUCCCAUCUGUGACAUUUUAGAAAUAUUGCUCCUUAGUGUCAGUGUAACUGUUUUAAGAGUUGAUUUAACAUUUUGACAGCAUUUCUUAUUAGCUGUCCUCUCCUCAUUCAUCUAGACCUGUGGCUGCCCCUCUCUCACCUGGCCCCACCUGCUGACUUUGUUUCCCCUCAUACCCUUGCUUGUCUUGGUCCACAUGUCCAUGCAGGUCUUGUGCAGGUCUCAUGCUGUACCCUUUCCCUUGUCCUGAGGGAAGGAAAAGCAGGUGCCGGAACCUGACCUGAGAAGUGGGAUGAAGGAGGUGCUAGGCUCUGAGUUCACAGAGAUGUUAUGUGUGGGGAGGCCACACAUGGGCCUUGGGCAGCUUCCAGGGUGGCUGGAGGAUUCAAACUGGCCAGGAAGCACCUCUGCACCAUGUCGGAGUUCAAUAAAUGUCGUGGGCUGCCCCCACUGGCUCUGGCUCCUGUCUGUGCCCCUCACUCAGACCCCUCCACCCCUUGUGCACACGCGCCUGGUCACACACUCAUCAGACCUGGCUCCGCGGCCACCUGCUGUCUAGAGAAGCUAAUUCAUUCUCACACAAAUUAAUACUUUGUCCCCUCUCUCCCAACCCUUUCUUAAAUGUUUGGCUUGCACAGGUCUUUCUAGUUUUACUUUUGCAAAACUACUUAAAAUGACAAUAAUGAAAACUCCAUUCUUGCCCUGGCUACAAAGUACAGUUUAUAACUUGUGGAAACAGCCUCUCCCACUGCCUCCGUGGGCGUGGGAAGUCAGGCCACAUAUGUGACCCCAGCCACUUCCCAGCAUGUGCAUCUCACUUUUUCACAAAACUGUCUGCUUGCUCACUUGUGCUCACCUCAAUGAGCCCAUGGCCCCUUUGAGACGCUAAAGCCCUGGUUGGGACACAGGCCCCUGUAGAGGGAGACUCAUGGGCAGGCAGAGACAUCUCUCCCAGAAUCCAUCAAGCGUGCAGUGGCUGGGAUGGUCUAUCCCCACACCUGACUCUCAGCAGGAACUCCUUUUCUGUCUGCCCAAACUCCCACCAGACCUCAGGUGCUCACCUGUAUGCCUAGGCCAGUGGUCAGCAAACUGCGGCUCGCGAGCCACAUGCGGCUCUUUGGCCCCUUGAGUGUGGCUCUUCCA